GAUACGCAGUGUUAGAGCCCAAGUCGCUUGCGGCGGCCGUUCCGAUCGCACAAUCAAGCGGCGCACGCGCAACUAUUCACACGCCGCAACGAUUUUAUGAAAACGUAUAGCCAAAUAUUAUUAAAUUAAAAAUUAACUUUACCGUGCAUAUGGAACCUUAAAAAACAAAUGAACAAUUCAGUGAAGAGCCGUUGUCAAAAUGACGUUACGGGUCGAAGUGCCCGGAGAAAAGAUCGUGAGUGUGGAACCGUGCAAGUGCAAUAAAAACUAUACGAAUGAACUAUCAAAAGCCGAGACGAAGUUUAGUAAAAGAAUAAAAGAAUUUAUCAAAACAUCCUGGGCAUUCAGGUCGAAAAUCACUGUAGAGCCAUUUGUAAUAUGUUACAUACUGCCGAGUGUGCUUGCCGGGCUGGCCGUCCAGAACCUAUGCCUGGAGAAGUCAUGUCUAGUAAAUUUACAGUACGAUACAGACACAUGCAGACACAUAAUGCAGGGGCGCACACACAACUACACGGAGCAGGAGAAGAACGUGCAGACAAUGGUCGCGGGGAUGACCGCCUGGAGUUUCCCGCUGCAGACAGCCCUGCCCGGCAUCCUGACGCUUUUCGUCGGUGCGUGGAGCGAUCGCACUGGAAACAGAAAGGCGUUUAUGGUGCUCCCUAUACUCGGAAAACUAAUAUCGAUCAUUGGUAUUAUACUAACUACAGUCUUCUUCUUUCAAAUCGGCUUGAGCGAAACUGCUCUCAUCGAAGGGUUACCCCCAGCUCUCACUGGCGGACGAGUAGCCAUGACCAUGGCAGUUUAUAGUUACAUUACUGAUAUAACGACUGAAACUGAACGGACUUUUCGUUUAGGGAUAAUAACGGCAAUUAUGACCUUAAGCAGACCCAUAGGGCUGGCUCUCAGUGGUAUUAUGACAAAACGUUUCGGUUACUAUGGUGUUUUCACGAUAGCGUGUGCAUUCUAUAUGACUGGGUUUGUUUACAUAGUUGUGAGAUUAAAACAGAAGUCAGCGAAGAAGAUUGACAACGAAAAAAGUAGUGUGUUAUCUGUGUUCUCCAUGCAAGACUUGGCGGCAACCGUGAGCGUCGGCUUCAAGAAGCGGGAGGGCUCCAGGCGACUCCAAAUAAUACUAAUUAUGUUUGCGUACAUGUUAAUCGUUGGACCAGUCUUAGGUGAGGCGCAGAUGACCUACUGGUUUACCCGGUAUAGGUUCAAAUUCACCGAGGUGGACUACAGCCUCUUCCUCACGUACUCCGUCCUCGUUGGAAGUGUUGGUUCGUUCGUAACCAUAUAUCUGUUCAGCAAGCGCUGGGAGGUAGAUGACAGCAUCAUCGGAGUCGUCGCGUGCUUGAGCAGGAUAGCUGCUAGCGUGAUCUAUGCUCUCGCUCCCUCCCGCACCAUAUACUUCUUGGGACCGGUUCUGGAUAUGUUCAGCUCAGCGGCCGCCACUUCACUCAGGUCCAUCGCUACUAAAUUGGUGCAAGCUGAUGAAAUUGGUAAAACAAGCUCUCUAAUAAGCAUAUCAGAAGCACUGGUGCCGGUGAUCUACUCCCCCGUGUACAGCAAACUGUAUCUGAGUACUCUGACUACCUUCGCUGGCGCGUUCUACCUCAUCAGCGCGGCGCUGGCCGUUCCUGCUAUUGUUAUAUUUAUAUUACUAUACCUGGUCAAAAGAAAAGACGCGAAGCAGAGUAAGCCCUCGCCAGCCCCAGAUGCCAAGGAUGAAACCACGCGCUUUUAAUUUGUGUAAUUAUUAUUUAACACUAAGUUGCCUUUUGUUUAAGUAUAGAUACCGAAAAAUCUCAAUAAAAUUAAGGUUUAUAUUCAA